AUGGAAUACCUUACUCGAGUCCUUCAUGAGGCUUCUAAGGAUAAAAAGUUCAGGUUUCACCCUUUAUGCAAAUCCUUGAAUAUUAUUAACCUUUGCUUUGCUGAUGAUUUACUUCUUGUUUGCAAAGCAAAUGCUAAUUCUAUUCAGAUUAUUCAAAAAUCUUUUAAAGCCUUUUAUGAUGCAUCUGGUUUGUUCAUUAAUAACCUUAAGUCCCGAAUAUAUUUUGGAGGCAUUUCAAAUUCAGAGAAAGCUUCUCUGCUGAAUCUUUCUAAGUUGACAGAAGGGUCUUUUCCAUUGAUUUAUCUUGGCAUGCCGUUGAGACCUACCAAAUGGAAGGCUAUGGACUGUGAUUUAAUUCUUAUGAAAAUUAGGCUGAGAUUACAUGGUUGGGCCAGUAGAAAUCUUUCCUAUGUUGGUCGUGUGCAGCUUAUUCAUUCUGUCUUGUUGGGGAUAAGGAAUUACUGGAUGAGCAUCUUUCUUUUGCCUCAAAGAGUCAUUAAGGAGAUAGAUUGGGACCAGAUUUGGGACUAUGUUCUGCAUCAAGAUUCCAGGUGGUACUGGAAAAAGUUGAUCAAGCUGAGUAAAACUCUAUCUAGCUCGACCUUGAAUGCAGUUGUCAUACAGGGGAAACUCCAACUGAAUAAGUUGUAUCUGCUAUCAAUUCCUGGUAAUCCCAUUAAUAAUAUGAAGAAUGUUUGGUGCAAGCUUUCAGUGCCCAAACAUAGGUUCAUAUUGUGGCAGGCUAUCAACCAGAAAUUACUCACUAGGGACUUGCUGCAUUACUGUCACAUAUCAGUUUCUUGUCUGGCUUGUCUGGUCUGUGAGUCUGAAUUGGAAUGCCACUCUCAUCUCUUUUUUGAUUGUAUUUUCUCCAAGAGAGUGUUUCAAGCUGUUGCUGGCUGGCUGGGAGAUUUAAUCUGGCCUGAGAAGUUUAUUGACUGGUGCAUCUGGCUGAAUGAAACCAGGAAAGGCUGCAUGGAUCGGGUAGUUUUAGCUGCUCUGGCUGCUUCUGUUUACUACCUCUGGCUUAAUAGAAAUAAGUGUUGUUUUGAAAGUAGUUGUUUUUCUAUUUAUCAUUUAGAUUCCUUGAUUAAAGAAUCAGUCAAAGCUAGAGUUUCUAGUCUUAGCCUUAGAACUAAAAAGCUGUCUUUUAGAGAGAAAUUGGUGAUCCAUUUUAUCUCUAGUUUGUAA